AUGCGUUCAGGACGAAAGCAGUUGCUGUGGAAGAUUGAUGGGCAUUUGUUGCCGUGGGUUGUGUUGAUGUAUCUAACAAACUUCCUCGACCGCAACGCCCUCGCGAAAGCCCACCUGGGCUCGCUAGAAGCGGAUCUCCACCUCAAAGGCACAGACUUCAACACCAUUAUCUCGAUUCUAUUCAUUGGCUACAUCCUCCUGUGUCUCUGCGGCAUGAUGGCCAUCUGGGGUAUGAUCAGCGCGUGCCAGGCGGCGACGCACUCGUAUGUUGGGGAACUGAUGUGUCCAUUGUUUCUGGGGGCGGCGGAGGCGCCUUUCUUCUCGUGGUGUAUAUUUCUCAUGUCGAGUUGGUAUCGUGCACACGAGCUUGCUCAUCGGCUUGCCAUUUUUUACACUGGAGUCGCGCUGGCGAAUAUGUUUGGGAGACUGAUCGCAGCCAGUAUCCUGGCGAAUCUGAAUCCAGCGCAUGGGAUUGCGGAAUGGCGGUGGUUGUUCAUCAUCGAAGGAACUGCUACAUGCGCGCAGGACGUGCAAGGCGAGCAGGACGACCGCGAUGCCAUCACCUGGAAGCAAGCAUUGAAGCUCGCGUACUCUGAUUACCGACUCUACCUCUUCAUGAUCAUGCACCACUACAAUCUCCUCGCACAGUCCUUCACCUACUUCUUCCCAACCAUCGUAAAGUCCUUAGGCUACAACAGCACCACUACUUUCUUGCUAACCGUCUCCGUCUGGUUCGCCACCCUCAUCGCGACCCUUCUCGUCGCCUACCACAGCUCCGCAACCAGCGAGCGCAGCAUCCACAUCGCGUGCUGCAUGGCCGUUGGCGCCAUCGGCAACAUCCUCGUCGUCACCACCCACGGCAUGAUCCUGGCGUGGAUCACGUCGUUGUUCCCGCGGCCGCUGGGCAAGCGCGCGGUCGUAGUCGCCACGUGCGGCAUGUUUGGCAAUGCGGCGGGAAUUUACGGGAGUUAUAUGUACCCGCCGAGUAAUGGGCCGCAGUAUGUGCCCGCGGGUGUGGGGCUGGCGUGCGUGUGCUUCUUGUGUGCGGGCAUGGCUAUGGUUAUCAGGUGUGUGCUGGGGCGGGAGAAUAAGAAGCUGGCGGCGAAGGAGCAGGAAGAGGGGCUGCCGAAGAGGUUCAGGUAUAUUUUGUGAUGUGGUGCUAGAAUGAAGAAUUGGAGAAAGCUGUGAUACAGGAGAUGAGGGAUAUAGAGAUUAGGGUUUACGAAGUCGCAAUCGACAAGACGGUCCGAUUAUCGACCCAUUGCUGGCCUGAUAUACCUCCCGUUGCGGCAACUCUUGGCAGAGGUAAAGUGUAGAGCCCAGAGUAUGUCAUGCAGGACGCUUGAGUAUGAGAAAUUUCUUUUAGUACCCAUCCUUUGGACCGGUGGUGCGAUUUGGAGACUUUCGCAGCGUUAUCAAACACCCGGCCUGCAGAUCGCGAGCCUUUUGGUGCCUAGCUGCAUAGCCCAGGGGUCCUCGACGGUGGUUUCUGCUGCUCUACUGCAACAUCGUGACAGC